CAUGAUUGAGAAGCUGGAGAACAAGUACAACCUUGAUCUCGCGAACUGGGUCGGCCCCCUGGGUCUGGCCGGACAGACCGCAUGGAACUCUUUCUACGGCCUCGUGAAGCCAGAAAAGGGCAAGACCAUCUGGGUCAACGCCGCCUCCAGCGCUGUGGGCGAGAUCGUGGUGCAGCUCGCCAAGAAGGAGGGCAUGCGCGUCAUCGGCAGCGUCAGCUCGGACGAGAAGGUCAAGUACGUCGUCGAGGAGCUGGGCGCCGACGAGUGCUUCAACUACACCAAGGAGAGCUGCAACGAUGCACUCAAGAGACUCGCCCCCGAGGGUCUUGAUGUGGUCUACGAGAACGUCGGCGGUGAUCAUUUCGAGGCUGCGAUCAACAACAUCAACUGGUUUGGCCGCAUCAUCGUCUGUGGCAUGGUCUCGACAUACAACAAGCCUCCAGAGGAGCAGUACAAGGUCAAGAACCUGGCCGAGAUCUUCCGCAGACGCAUUCACAUCCAGGGUUUCAUCUUCUGGGACGAUAACAUCUACACGCCCAACAUUGCUAGCUUUUGGGAGAAGAUGCCCAAGUGGAUCGCCGAUGGCUCGAUCAAGACCAAGACGACCCAUUUCGAGGGUUUCGAGAAAGCACAGGACGCCUUCCUGUCGCUCUUCACAGGAAAGACAUUCGGCAAGGCCACGCUUAAGGUAGCAGACCAGUAGAGUGGAAGGAAGAUGUUACUCACAAGAUAAAUAAAUAAAAAAAACACAAUAUUAUCCAGCGGAAUAAAAGUCGUUAAUUAAGCAAAAAUUACCAGACUGCGGAUGCG